UUUGAUCAGUGACGUGAAAGGUUGUUUAUUGUGGCGGACCAAGAUGGCCGCGCUACGGGCGGUAACAAGCUACCUCCGGCUCCUCAGGAGUUCUGCUCGUGUCCUGCUCAGUAGUAGGAAACCAGGGAAAUGGAGAAGUAUUCUGUUCACCAGCGUAGCCUCGUUAUCUGUCGGCGGUGGACUAUGUGCGAUACCUUUCAGACAGGUUGACAACCUCUCCCAUGACUCUCUGGUCAAACGAGCAGCAUCGCUGGUUACAGACAGUUCAAGCACUUUCCUCUCUCAGGCCACCCUUGCUCUCAUAGAUGCCAUCACAGACUACUCAAAGGCUGUGCACACACUCAUUGCUCUCCAAAGGCGAUAUUUGGACUCUUUGGGGAAACUGACUCCAGCAGAAGAGGACACAAUCUGGCAGGUGAUAAUUCGCCAGCGUGCAGAGGUUAGUGACAGACAAGGUGAAUGCAAGCGUUUCGAGUUAACCUGGAUCACGGCAGUCAAGCUGUGUGAAACUGCAGCGGAGGCGGCAUACACCUCAGGAGCCGAACACGCGUCCAUCACGGUGAGGACAAACAUUCAGGUGGCCCAGACGCAGGUGGAUGAGGUACAAAAACUGUCAGCAGAUGCAGAUAAGAAGCUGGCUGAGACUAAAGUAAUGGAGGUUGAAAGGAUGGCACAGUAUGCUGCCUCCUUACAGAAUACUAAUGAAGAGGAAGAGGUGCCUGAGGCUUAUCUGAGAGAAGACUGAAAAAAACACCCUGUGUUAUAUUGGGGGGG